AUGUGUUCUAUUGACUUCAGUCGAAACAGAGUGCAGAUGACGGCUAACGGUCUUGCAAACGGGACUGAUAAAGCUGGAGGACGCAAGGCUGGCAUCGAGAUGGCCAAGGGCUCACAACUACUGCAGCUCAAGACUGCCCUAUCGCAGGCAGGCGUUAUUGGAAACAAACAGUCGGGCAAGAAACGGAAACGGACAGCAGUACCGGUCGAGAAGGAGAAGUUAAAGACUGCCGCAAAACUCGAGGAAAUCCAUCGGCGCCUCAACCCAUUCGAUGAGAAGGUUACGAGGCUCAAGCACGAUGUCGGGGGCAGGAGGUUAAAGGGUGUAACUGGAAAGCCUGCCAAAGCCAAACAGGCUGGGUUGGAACAGAGAAAAAAAUCGCUACUUAAAGAAUGGGAGGAGAAAGGCAGGGCCGGUGGGAUCGUUGACCGUCGAUUUGGUGAAAAUGAUCCGACUAUGAGCCUUGAAGAACGCAUGUUGGAGCGAUUCACUCGGGAACGACAACGCGCUUCGACUAGUGCAGCUUUCAAUCUCGAGGACGAGGAUGAGCUCACGCACUAUGGACAGAGUUUGUCGAAACUGGACGACUUUGACGAUGUCGGUCUUAGAUCAGACAGUGACGAGGAAAACGAGGUCACAGGCCAAAUCGACCGUGAAGUCGUUAGCAAAACGCACUUCGGUGGCUUCGAUGAAGAGGGGGAAGAAGGGUCGGACGAUGAGGGUCCGGCUCGUAAGAAAUCAAAAGCAGAGGUUAUGGCUGAAGUCAUGGCCAAAAGCAAGGAGCACAAACUUCGUCGCCAAAUGGAAAAAGAAGAGGAAGAGAAUAUCCGAUUCGAAUUGGACAACCAGUUCUCGGACUUGCGAGAACUUCUCUUCGCAGCCAAACCCACUCCUGCACCUCCUACGACCUCUGAAAAUGCCGAAGAACCCCCCAAAGAUCCAGAUGCUGCAAUUCUUGCACUGGCCCCAGAGACCCAAGAUCACGCAUACGAUCAGCGAGUCAGGGAACUUGCGUUCGACAAGCGAGCUAAGCCCAAGGACCGCACGAAGACAGAAGAGGAGUUGGCACUGGAGGCGAAGGAGGCUUUGGAGAAAGCUGAACGCCGGAGACAGAGGCGAAUGCAGGGGUUGCCAGAGAGUGACAGUGAGGAUGAGGGUAAAGGCAAGGGCAAGAGGAAACGAGGUGGAGAUGACCUCGAUGAUGACUUUAUCGAAGAUGAUGAAUGGGAGGGCUUGGGAAGUGGGCUGAAGGAAGCUGCUGCUGCGAGUGAUGAAGAGAGUUUCGAGUUCGGUUCGGGUUCUGAAGAGGACGGUGACGAUGAUGAAGCCGACGGUGAAGAGGGUUCUGGAGAAGAGGAGGACGAAGAUGAGGACAGUGAGGGCGAAGAAGAUGCUGGUGAAGAGGGCGAACAUGAAGAGCUCGUCACCUCGGUCAAAAAGAGUAAAGGGAAAGGGAAAGCAAAGUCGACGGGAGAUGAGAUCCCGUACACUUUCCCUUGUCCUGAACACCAUGACGAAUUCUUGGAGAUCAUGGAGACGAUUGACGACAAACAUAUCUCAACUGUCGUGCAGCGUAUCCGUGCCCUCUAUCAUACGAGUCUGUCGCCGGACAACAAAUCCAAGCUACAGACCUUCGGAUGUGUCCUCAUCGAUCACAUUCUAUACUCUGCCUCUAUCUCUCCACCCCGACUUGGCGUUAUUUCCGCGAUUUACCCUCAUCUCACUGCCAUCACAAAAGCCUACCCUAUCCCCAUUGCCCGCUACUUCAACGAGAAAUUGGCCUUGAUGCACAAAAACCUCAAGCGAGGUCUUGCUCAAGGAGCGCAUAACCCUGAAUCACGAACAUGGCCUGGCCUGGGCGAACUUGCAAUCCUUCGGGUCAUUGGGCAACUCUGGCCUACCAGUGAUUUGCAUCAUGCAGUUGUUUCACCGACCCGAGUCCUCAUGGGUGCAUACCUGGGCCUCUGCCGAGUGCGGACAUUAUCUGACAUUGCCAGCGGUCUGUUCCUGUGCACUCUCUGGUUGCAAUACGAGGCGUUGUCCAAACGUCUGGUACCAGAAGCUGUCACUUUCCUUGUCAACGCCCUUCUACACCUCGCUCCCCAUCGUUUCGAGAGCAUAGCUGCGCUGCCUGGAACUUUCCCAUCUCCCGACUUCCUGACUCGGACUACCUCGGGGCUGACCCUCAAAAAGUCGAAGAAUCCGCCGACACCUCAACUCCCGAAUUUGCAAACCCUUUUGUCGACAAAGGAUAGUUCGGAUGAGCAGGCGAAGAUCGAUCUUAUUUCCAUGGCCCUCGAUCUCCUGACUCGCUAUGCCAACAUGUACAAGAGUUUAGAAGCGUUCAUCGAGCUGUUCGAGCCUGUCCAGACCGUCCUGGAGGGCCUUGAACGUAAACGUCUUCAUGAAGCUCACAGGACACAACUGGCCAAACUUACGGAUAUGAUGACUCGUCUUCUCAAGUUUGCUCAUGAAGGAAGACAGCCCCUGCGCCUGCAAGCCCACAAACCUAUCCCCAUCGCGACCUACGUGCCCAAAUUCGACUCGACAACCUCCAAUUAUCUUCGUCAACGUGAUCCUGAUCACGAGAAGAACGAGGCUGCGAAGCUGCGCAAUCAAUACAAGCAGGAGAGGAAGGGUGCUAUUCGUGAGCUGAGGAAGGACGCUCGUUUCCUUGCUGGUGUGGAACAGCAGAAGCAGAUUGAGAAGGAUAGGGCUUACAAUGAGCGCAUGAAGCGGGUGUUCAGCUCGAUUGAGCCUGAGCGAGCGGAGCAAAAGGCGGCAGAAAAGGCUAAGGCCAGGGAGAAGAGGAGAGCAGGGAGAAAGUAG